AAGACAUCACGACGUGUCGUAAACAGCUGCGUUGUGAUGGAGAGAAAUUGAAUCCAAUCAUUUUCUGCCUGUUCGGCGACUGACCGCGGGAGUUGUGACAGGGAGACCAUGGAAGAGGACGGUGUAGACGACCACAACCACAACUACUGUUCAGGUAGCAACGAGAAAGUCGAAACGCAUCCGAGGAGGAGACCGCUGUCGGAGGCGGUCCCGCAGCUCGACUGUGCGCCGGUGCCCAGAGGAGAACCGGCAGGUAGAAGACGGAAAAUGUGGACCGGUAGCGCCGGAGGCUCUUCGUACAUGGACUCAGACUCGAGCAGUGAGGGAAGCGAAGUUAGCGAGCCGGACCUCGGGUCCACACCGGCAUCUGGAGAGGGCGGCUGCUCCCUCGACCCUACCUCCAAGUUCUUUCUCAAUGCGAUGGCUGUGGAGGACUACAAGAAGAACCACUGGCCGAACCUGGAGAAGGUUAUAGAUCGACUGCUCGUUCAGAAUCCCACAGAUCACAGCUCUGUUUCAUAUGCUCAGAUUUACAGUUAUGUUUACAAGUGUGUCUGUCAGCAGCACUCUGAGUUGCUUUAUAAUGACUUGACAUCCAAAGUGACGAGCCAUCUACAACAGGUUUCCUUUUAUCUACAGGAAGUGCCACCUGCAGACUUCAUUGAAAACUUCAACAUGGUGUUGACUCAGUACAUGGCUUCCCUUCAAUGUAUCGUCCCUGUGUUUGUUUAUCUGAACAAGUUCUACAUCGAGUCUAAGCUAAACAGAGAUCUGAACAAGGAUCUGAUGAACCUGUUUGCCGAUCAAGUUGCUGAAAAACAUGUACACACACUGAUGCCUCUCCUUGUUAAAGCUCAUUCCAUGCCAUUUGAGGUGCAGCCUUCGACUAUGGCCAGUGUGGUGAAGGGGCUCUACAACCUCAGACCAGAGUGGGCUCAGCUAGCUCCGGCCCUCUUCUCUGGAUUCAUCCCUCAAAUCCACCCGCCGGCAGUGGAGUCUCACCUGUCUGACUACGCUGCUCAUGACCAGAAGCUGCAGAUGGAACUCUCCAUGAACGGUUUCUCACGAGGAGACCAGUCACGCAAGCGAGCCAUCGAGGACUCCUGAUGGGUGUGUCAGCAAAAGCUGCACCAGGGCCUCCGACAUGUGUAUCGCAUAAAUACAAUGUUGAUGUUUUGGAGCGGGAAGUGAAAAGCAGGGAGAGCAGAAUCUUCUGCACUCAAAAGCACACAGACCGUCGACCACUGCUCUCCUCUGUGAUGUCACACGCCUCCAAUAUUUCCCAGAUGCUGCUGUGAGCUGAACCAUGUUCCCUCGUGCUUUCGAGUGCCUUCGCGGUGUCUGUCCUUGAUGGUGACCGGUUGAUAAUGAUUGUAAAAUAGCCACAUAUCCUCCCGAUGAUGCAACCCUUUAACAAAGAUCUUUGAAUACAAGCCGAGAGUUUAACUUUUGCUAUAACACCCUCGCCAUCAAGACUCAUGCAGCCGCAACCUCAUGUGGGUAACGCCCCAGUAUAAAUGUGAAUCUUACUUUGUUAACCAUGUUUUUUGUCGUUGACACAUGUUCGUGUACUAAUCUUUCUUUUUCAAAAUCAGUCUUCCUCAACUUCUGCUAACUUCUGGUCUCCACUGAAGCAGUUUAUGCAAUCACAAGUCACACCUGAAUAAUCUGAGGCAACAUCCAAGGUUGGUUGUAACUAAUCGGACAUGUUGGCCGCGUACACACACUUCAAACAUCUAUGACUGUAACUGUACGACUUCAGCCUUGGCCUUGAUUCACUCACUCCUGUGGCAUUCUCUGCGCGAGGAAGUCAACUGGGUCAAAUUCGAAGUGACAGUGCAACAUGUUUGCGUACAUUUUUUUAGUCUUUGACAGCAGCUGUGGGACAAGUGCCAGAAAACCACUGCUUUGGUGAGUUUAACUCACGCGAAUCAUAGGCUAAUAUUACGUUUCAGAACAAUCACGCCGAUAUCAUUCAUUGAACAAGAAAAUGUGAUUACUAGUAGAAACAGCAGGGGGCGUUGUUAACAAGGGUACUUCUACAGAGGUUGCUUCUUUCCUCGUAUGCGACAGAACAGAUGGUUUUUGCAGGGAGAGAAGUUUCCAUACUAAUAUGAUGGUUUUCUCUGUGCUGCAUUGUUCUAGUGUCAAUAUCGCUGAUAACACUGUUUUAAGUGUCCGCUAGUCUUUUUUUGAUUUGAGAAAAAAAUGUUAUUGUCCCUCAAAUAAACUAAUUUGAUUACUGCUACCACGUCAGGACUCUUGAUUUCAGCUUCAAGCUCUCAAAUCCUAGCAUGAAUUACCUUAUGAUGACAUCACAGAUUAGUGUUUUUCAAAGCCAUACAAUGAUUUGUGGAACUCUAAUGUGGCCCUUAUAUGAAAUGAUUGUGAUGGAGGGUGAGAGUCAGCGAUGCUGUGAGGAUUGGAAGCUCUCGAGUGGCCAACCAUCUUCAUAAAGCUGCACAUACGGCUGCGAUGACUUGUCUAUUCACUCCACACUUUCAGCAAUUAAACGUUUUAAAAACAUUUAACAUUUAAUCUAUUGACAGCCAUAGUUGACACAACUAUGGCUUAAAAAAUGUUUAUUAGUCACAUCUCACACUCGUGUUGAUAAAUACGAAAUACAAAUAUAGAUAGUAGUAGUACAGAUGAAAAAAAAAAGAUUAAUUUGCAAAUGCUCUGCUGUGCGAUUAAACAUGAUACAAAAAUUGAAUCUAUUGACCAAAUUUCAACACCCUCAGACGAGUCGCAUGCUUCAUCAACCAGUACAUGUCAAAUGCUGAUAAGUUCACCAGUC